AUGGGAAUCCUUGGAUCUCCCGCACUCGGGCUCGAGCAUGUCUCGAGCGCGAGGGUGAAAAUGGAUGAGCUCUUGGUUUGCUGGGCAAGCCAAAAGGAGACCGUGAAGCUACUUCGAGGGUACCUCGAAGCCGUGGCGGCUGACCAACCACUGGACAAGCCGGGAUCAUCCCUCUUCCAGACGCUCUCAUCGUCGCCGUCUUCGUCGUCAUCGCUGCCUCUGUCACCUCGCUCGCCCUCGCCGUUGAAGUCUCCCGUUGGCCACAGUGCGGGCCCAGCCGGACUGUCUCAUCGCUCGCCGACGUCAAAGAGCCAUUGGACUCCACAUCUGUCACCACGGUCAGAGAGGUUCGAGCGAUACCUGUCUCCGGAAAAGAGGUCGCCGUCUCGAUCCUCUGGCGUGUCCGAGGAAAGCUCCCGCUCUCGCCCCCCAGAAGCUUCGCGCAAGGUUGCAGACGAAGGACGAGCGAAAGUAAGCAGAGAAGAUAUUCCCCACUUCUGGGUCAAGGGGGAAGGCGGGCGCGGGAGGGGACGCCCAAUACCACGCGACUCGCUAGAAGAGAGACGCCAGGAAAUGGAACGUCUGUUCGAAAGACACCCGGAAGGACUUGGAGUAGAUGACUUCGUCCCGGUUACGAAGACGUUGUGCGGGUUCCCAAGCUUUUUCAAUGCUGUUCUCUACAAGCGAAUCUUUGCGCGUAGCCAGCAAGCACGGGCGUCGGCGGCCCGCCAACAGGAGAAGACCGCGCCAGAAGGGGAGGAAUCGGAGGGUGCACACAGUGGGCAGGACAACGGAGCAGACGAACUCCCGCCGGACGCACGAAUACCCCUGGCUCUGUUCGAAGAGUUUUGGAGGGAUGAGAUCGAGACGUACGAUCACAUCGACAGAUUUUUCCGGCUGGUCAAGAAACCGGAGAACCACUUCAUCGAAAAAGACGACCUGCAACCGUUCAUCCGGGAACUGCUCCUCUAUCACCCAGGCCUGGAGUUUCUCGAGGCCCACCCUGACUUCCACCCAAAGUACGCUACAACGGUCACCACGAGAAUAUUUUAUAUCGUCAACACGAGUCGGUGUGGCCGCAUCAGCCAAGGCGAACUGCGACGGAGCAACUUGGUGGAGGUGUUCAACACGGUUGAUGAAGAGGAGGACAUCAACAAAGUGACGGAGUACUUCUCGUACGAGCACUUCUACGUUGUGUUCUGUCGCUUCUACGAGCUAGACGCUGAUCGAGACGGGCGUUUGAGUGAAGAAGAUCUCAUCAAAUACGGCGAGCAUGGCCUAAGCCGCCUCAUCGUGGACAGGAUCAUGUCGGUGGGUCCACGGCCAUUUCCUCAGGGGCGAAGAAACGAGGACGGAUCGGACCCCCGAGCAACAAUGACCUACGAAGACUAUGUGUACUUCAUGCUCAGUGAAGAAGAUCGAGGGAACGAACAUAGUCUGCGAUAUUGGUUCACGUGCGUGGACCUGGACGGGGAUGGGCGUAUCGGCCACAUGGAGAUGCGUUUGUUUUAUGACAAUCAGGCACGUGACCGAAGGUUGGAAGGAUGCACAGAAACCUGAGACCUUUUGCGCUUCGUAAGCACUCAUGUGUUGUGUGCAUGUAGCGCCAAACGAUUUUCUCUUCUGCAUCGUUUGCUGCUUUCAGCGGAAUGAGUGCAAAUUUGGGUCUUAGCCCAUGCACUUGACUCAGUCAGCGAACCUCUGCACUGGCAUGAUGUUGCCUAGUCACUCGUGUAGAUGCACGGGCCAUCAAUACCUUCGUGUGGAGUGUGGAAGGACCGACAGAGUGAGCCACGUCUUUUUUCGAUCAAGUGCUGUUGUGAAACUGGCUGCAGGUGCAUCGGAUGGAGUCGCUGGGCCACGAAGUCGUGCCUUUUGAAGACGUGGUCUGUCAGAUGUGGGACAUGCUCAAGCUUGGCGACCGCAGCUACGUAACCUUGCAGGACUUUCUGAGGCCAGAGACAUUGAAGGUGGGGGGCGUCUUCUUCGACGCCUUGUUCAACUUGAACAAAUUCAUUGGCUUCGAGCAACGAGACCCCUUUGCAGA